AUGGCGCCCGCGCGCGCGCCCGCGGGCGCGUUCACGCUCGGUGACGUCUUCGCGCUCCCCGAUAGCCUGUUCGAUGCGAAGACGGGUGCGUUGACGCUCCCAAAGUUCGGCACGAACGAGUUCGUGAACGUGGUCACCGUGAGUGGGAUCUUCAUGACGGUGAUCUUAAUCGUGCUCGACCUCGUGCUCGUUCGUUUCUUUUCUCCGGCACGUCGGGCGCGAAUGGCUGCUCGACGACAGGUUCGCGAACGUAAGGCGGCGGCCGCGUCGGCGCCCAAGGCGCUGAACGCUGAAUCUAAGGCGUCGGUCGAGCUGACGUUGGCCAAACGCGAGCAAAUCUCUCCGGAUACGGUGCGGCUGACGUUCGAUUUACCGUCGAAAUCGCACGUCUUGGGAUUACCCACGGGACAACACGUGGGAAUUUCAUUCUUGGACGACGACGGGGCGCGACAUGAGCGGCCGUACACGCCGACGAGCAGUGAUUACGACUUUGGAGUGGUAGAGUUGGUGAUCAAGGUGUACGCGCCGUGCGAAAAGUUCCCGCUCGGGGGAAAGGUGAGUCAAUUCUUGGGGAAAUUAAAGGUUGGUGAUACAGCCACGUUCGCUGGGCCGAAGGGUAUGAAGACGUACGAGGGCAAUGGGGUGUUCAGCGUUCGUUUGUUGAAGUCGCAAGGGGGCGGUUUCGACCGGCGACGGUGCGCAAACGUCGGCAUGAUCGCGGGUGGAUCCGGGAUCACGCCCAUGUUACAGGUCUCGCGGGCGAUGUUAGGUGAUGGUGAUGACGUGAACAUCAGUUUAUUGUUCGCGAAUCAGACGGAGGCGGACAUUUUGUGUCGCGAGGAGAUUGAGCGCGACGUCGAAAAGUACGGCGAGAGCAAGUUUCGCGCCGCUUACACGCUCGAUAAGCCGCCGAAGGAUUGGAAGCAAUUUGGCGGGUUCAUCACAAAGGAGAUGAUACAGAAAACUAUGCCGCCACCGGGGAAGAAGACGCAAAUUUUGAUCUGCGGUCCGCCGCCCAUGCUCAAGUUUGCAGUCUUGCCCGCGCUCGAGGAGCUGGGCUACACCAAGGACAUGUACUUGACGUGGUGA